AUGUCAUCCCCUAUCAUUUGUUGGUAUGGCGGGUGCGCCCCUGUAAGAUUCAUCCUCGAGUACUUUGCGUUUCUCCUGUACAAGUCAAAUGGCUCAGAGCUCGUCGAGUCUGCAGUGGACUACUACCUGAAAUCUCCGACGGCUACCAUAGUGGAGAAAGGAGCGAAAGAAAUUUCUCAUCAGGGUUACCAUGGAGAGGAACUGGGAAAGAUUCUCGAGUUCAUUCUUGAAAAUUGCUUGUGUGCAUCCCUCCGAGUCGUUGAAGACGCUUCUCCAUCCAAAACCAUCACACGCGGUACCAGGAGACAGUAUGGUCUCCUCAGAUCUUCUCCUGCUUGUGACGACAUGGGGAUAACGGGGCUAGACGCCGUUGGCGUUAGUCCUUCCAUGAAGUGUUCGUCUUCACUGCGUCCAAGGACUGCUCCUGCACCCACAUCAUCUGCAUUGCCGAAAUAUCGGCCCAGGUCCACCCUUAUAGAGUCUGUUCUACCCAAGAAACCUGUUUCUCCUCCUCGUUCCAGCACUCGCAGGCAGCCAAGCUCAUCAGAGGAAGAGGACAAGGUUCAUAGCCUCCGUUACAAAGGCAGCAUGGAAGAGAAGAGGCCUAAGAGUUUGAUCAGUCCUCUCCCUCACAAAGCACUUACAGUAAAGGUUUACUUGCCUAACCUUACCCCUCUUUCGACGCCUUCUAAGAUCUGCAAGUUAUUGAUGCCAAAGAAGACUUCGCCUGCCAAGGUAGAGUCCGCACGACCUGGUGAAAUCAUUAAGAUAAAAACUAUUUCUUCUGCAUCUAAGUCAAACAUUGCACGUCCUCUGUCGUCUUCAUCCUCUCAUAGCUCUGUCUGCUCGCAGAGUUUACCUCAGACACCCUCUAAGAGUGGCUUUGGGUUCGGACACUCAAAAAACAAUCAAAUGUCAAGCCCUCUGCGUUCUACUGGUCGUCCUGCACCUGAGUCGCCCCUUGCUCAUCAUACUCGUCAAAACUCCACUAUGGUCCUUGGCAGAAGUACAAUGCCCACACCACUCUCACAUCUUGCGGAAGAAGACAGUGAAGAUUCCAUAGAAGCUGAUGGUGUGGGACUUCUCCUCUCCCCUGUUGCUCCUCUUGAAGCACCCACACCUGCGAUACCCAGGAUUUGGGCUGUUCAACUGCAGCACAAUGAGUCAGAACCUGAAAUGCCCUUGCGUCCCUCUCAAUUCCUUCCUACACGAGCAAAUCUUUCCUACCUGUCACCUGUACCUCUGACCUCACAGAGCACACCUGGCCUCCGCCCUCCCAAAGCCCAUAGUGCAAAUUGCAGCUCGAUAAUGUCUUGGGAACAAUUGGCAAAUGAUGGAUCACAGAUGAUUAUACAGGAAGAGGUAGAAAAAAUGUUUUCAGAGAUUCAGGCAACCUUCAUGCCAGUUGACCCUUCACUGAACUUAUGGGUCAAUAUACUUUGCUUACAAGUGGCAUCUACCGAGAACACGGUAAAGGAAUGCUUCGUUCGCUCGCAGGAGUUGGAGGAGCAGCUGCACGCUCCGAAACACUCUCAUGUUCAGGAGACUGAAGAACUCACAAAGCAAGUCUCCUUCCUGGAGCAACAACUUCACAUUAGCGUUGAGGCGAGGGAAAGGCUGGAUGAGGAGCACUCUGCCUUCACUGCAUCCUUGCAGGACCAGCUGCGCUGCGCAGAAGCUUCUAGCAAGCAGGCAUCCAACACUGCUUUUGCACAUGGUCAGGAAGAGGCUGCUGUGUCGUGGGCAGAGCUGCUCAAUCAGAAGCAGCAAAAAUAG